AGCAUUUACUCAAACCUUUAACUUGACGCGCUCUUCUUCGCCGCUCCCCCAACUGCACCAUGGCGACCCUCCCGCCGCCUCCCUCCAAGCGCCAAAAGCGCGAAGCCCUCGAAAAGUCCUCUCUCCAAACCGACCUCACAAGCACCAUCCCGGACGGCACCAUCCGCACCCGCUUCGUCGACCAAGCCACCGGCUCCAGCGACACGCUCCCCGUCCUCACAGUCCCGCUCUCACAAGCCACCACAAAGAACCUCGAGAUCCUGCUCAACGAGCUAAAAGAGCAAUCCGACGACCGAAUUCCAUAUCGCUUCUACCCGGACGGUUCAGCAGAAGCGCUCGGCGACAAGGAGGAUGUAUAUAAUAGCUUGGUGAAGACAGGGAGGGUGUCAGCGGAAAGCGAGGUUGUGCUGCAGUAUGCGCCGCAGGCUGUGUUUAGGGUCAAAGCGGUGUCAAGAUGUAGUGCGGCAGUGAGCGGGCAUGGGGAUAACAUUCUCGCGGUGCAGUUUUCGCCCAAGAAUUCGGCGAGAAUGGCGAGUGGGAGCGGGGACAAGACGGUGCGGAUAUGGGAUUGCGAUACGGGGACGCCCGCGUUUACGCUCAAGGGGCAUUCCAAGUGGGUGCUUGCGGUGAGCUAUUCGCCAGACGGGAGUUUGUUGGCGAGUGGAGGGUAUGACAAUGAGGUCAGAAUAUGGGAUCCUGAGACGGGAAAGCAGGUCGGUGGGCCGUUAAAAGGGCAUACGAACUUCAUAACGAGUUUGUCCUGGGAGCCAUAUCACUUGCAGGAGCCGGGGAGGCCAAGAGUAGCUUCGUCAUCGAAGGAUGGGACUGUUAGGGUCUGGGACGCGAUAGGAGGGAGGGUGGAUUUCGCUCUCUCGGGCCACAAGAGUAGUGUUACGUGCGUCAAGUGGGGAGGCACCGGAUGGAUAUAUACCUCAUCCCACGACAAGACCAUCAAGGUCUGGAAUGCUGAAACUGGCACUCUGGUACAUACGCUCUCUGGGCAUGCACACUGGGUAAACCAUCUCGCUCUCUCCACCGACUUCGUCCUCCGAACAUCCUAUCACGACCAUACACGGAAGAUACCCCCAACGCCCGAAGAGAAGCUGGCGAAAGCUAAGUCGCGCUUCGAGAAAGCGGCAAUCAUCAACGGCGAGAUAGUCGAACGCUUAGCAACCGCUUCCGAGGAUUGCACCAUCUUCCUCUGGACACCUCUCAGUACCUCGAAGCCUGUCACACGGAUGACAGGCCACCAAAAGCAGAUCAACCAAGUGUGCUUUUCGCCCGAUGGGACUCUCCUAGCCUCUGCGGCUUGGGAUAACCACGUCAAACUGUGGUCAGCUCGGGACGGGAAAUUUCUGUUCACCCUGAGAGCGCAUGUUGGUCCGGUGUAUAUGGCCAGUUUCUCUGCCGAUAGUCGGUUAUUGGCGAGUUGCAGUAAGGACACCACAUUGAAGGUGUGGGAUAUGCGAACGGGCAAGCUGAAAGAGGACUUGCCGGGACACAAGGACCAGGUCUUCGCGCUGGAUUGGAGUCCGGACGGAGAAAGGGUGGGUAGCGGAGGUGCCGAUAAGCAGGUUCGAAUUUGGAGGGGUUGAGUAGGAAAGAACGAAAUCCAGUCUGGGGGCUGCUUCUCCGGCUCUGGCUCUGGCCUACAUAGUAAAGGGGGCUGCGGCUUACCCUAACCCUGGUGAGCGCGUGGAAGCCGUCGGCAAGGCGUGCUGGUAGGAUCUUAUAUACCCUUCGUCGAAAUCCAGGGCUCAGACUAAAUCGAACCAUUCAG